UUCACCGUUCGCGUUCACUCGCCGUUCACCGUUCGAGUUCGCAUCCGUGUUCGUCUGGAAGCCACGUUGCUCUGCUUCAAACACUGCGACCAACCCGCGCGCUCCACCUAGCCGUCGAACUGCUCUCUUUUGUCACCGCCAACCUUGGGGUAGACCCUAUUUGCGGCUUUCCAUCAGUAGUUCUUCUCCGCCGCUUCGAUCACCGCUUCGCCGCUACCUUCCACCAUGGGAAAGACGAGGGAAAAGGCGGAAUCAAAGUCCAAUCGCAAGUUAGAUAAAAAGGUUCAAUUUUACUCUAAGGUGAAAGAUGCUGUGGCCAGCUUGAGUGCUCAAAAGUCUAUUACUAAGAAAAAUAGUAAACAGCAAAGGCGGCAGAAGAAAAAAUUGAAGGCAUAUGAUCUCUCUGCUCUCACAGAAUUCCUUCCUGAUCCUGAGCCGAAGACACCGCGGAAACCAGAUCUGCAGGAUGUCAAAGUUAAUUGUAAAUCUCGGCGAAAGAUACUAUUGAGGGAAGUGCAACAAUUUUCUGCAGUUCUAAACAAUCCUGACUUCAAAUCAGAUCCCGUGUCUGCCAUGAAUAAACACUUACGGAGCACACUACCAGUUAAAGAGGAACAACGGCCCAAGAAAAAAGUGAACAAAAAUGGAUCCAAGAAGAAGAAGUCAAAGGCUUCUUCAACCGGGCUAAUGUCUAUGGACAUGUAAUGGUUAUGUGUGACUACUAAAAUGAUCUUCUUUCUAGGUCUUCCUGUAAUUCAUUACUUUUCCAAAAUGUUAGAAUACUCAUAUUGUGAAUGGAAAUACUGCAAAUUUCUUAAGCAUUUUCAAUGUCGAUGUCUAUGAUAUAGUUUGUGAUAGUUGUAUCCAUUGGUUCGGGGGUAACAUGUUGCUGGAAUGAAGCCACUCAUAAGGGUUCAGAA